CAAUAGUCUUAUUUCGAACUCAAACAAGUACGGCUUACCGAUACGAUUUCUAUUAGUACGCACGAGAUGCGACGACUGCAGAUAGAUCACUCCAGAAACAAGAGAUUAAAGAAAACACGUCUGUCUCAAAUGAAGAUGUCUUUCCUAACUCGAACGAUUGCCUUUCUCGCCGUUGCGAUAUCACUGUCUUCUACCACUGUAUCGGCAUUUUCGGCCGUAUCGUUUGGUAAUGGAAACGGUUCUAACUCCGCGUCGUCGCAGGCGUCAACAGGGCCAGAAAUGAACACCCCGGCUCGUCAGAGUCUCCCCGAUCAUUUGCGGCUAGAAGAAAUUCCAGGGAAAGGUCUAGGAGUCAUAACGAAUGUCAAGAUUCCCGCUGGCCAGGUUGUGGGCGACUACAAAGGAGAAGUGAUGACAGAAGAAGAAAAAGAUAGGAGGUAUUUAGAUUCCUGUGCUCAUCUCCGCCAACCAGUUGACGAGUUAUGGAGGCAAUCCCGUAUCGACAGAGGACAAACGAUGACCGGGACAUAUCUGUAUGGUGUCCAUGUGCCCAACAAAUCGUCCCAAAUUUUUGUCGACGCCGAGGAUGAGUAUUGCAGCUUAUGGACACGAUUUCUAAAUCACGCGUCACCACCUGCGUCGAACGUUAAUCCCAAGAGUUUGCACCAGGGAAUAGACGGAAAUCCAAGAGUCUGGUUUGUUUCAAUCAGAGACAUAGAAAUCGGAGAAGAAAUUUGUUUCGACUAUGGUGACGACUAUUGGCUACCGGAGGAUAAUGUAGUAUAAGGUAGCAGUGAAUAUCUCGUUUUGAACAAAGUAUCGAAACCAUUCAUCUUUGCCGAGCCUGUAGGCACAUUUCGACGUAGCACGGACAAGCGUUUGAGAACACCUUCAAUGCUGAAUCAAAGACAACAAUGCCAGUGAGGAAACACUUGCUGAUGAUAUACUUUCAACCAAAGAAUGAGGAGUGUGCACACAAUUUUUUGAAAGUUGGAAGUGUUCCUAUUGAUGGGGUAUUGAAGUUACACUUUUCUCAGCAAUAUGCAGAAACAUGAGAUGAAGAGAGAGAAGCUUUUCUGAUUUCUAUCAUAAAUAAGUUCUUGAUGCAUUGCACAACAGUUAUCUAAAUAAUUAGGAUACCUAAUA